AUGCCACCAACAGCCGCCGCACCCGUGAAACAGUCUCCCAGCACUUCCUCCGACAAAGCUCACAGACGAAUCGAGGAUGAUGAAGUUAAGCCAUAUGUUAUCGUGAGCGACCUCGGCAAAGGGAGCUUUGCGACCGUCUAUCGGGGAUACCAUGAGCAAACACAUCGUCAGGUAGCUAUCAAGACCGUGAGCAGAGCAAGUCUCAGCCCAAAGCUCUUCGACAGCUUGCAGGGAGAGAUCGAGAUACUCAAGACCUUGUCUCACCGACAUAUUACGAGGCUGCUGGACAUUGUUCGAGCGGAGAGGAAUAUAUAUCUCAUUAUCGAGUUCUGCGCCGGAGGAGACCUCUCCAACUAUAUCAGGAAACGUGGCCGGGUGGAAGGGCUAGAAUAUGUACCAUCUCCUGGAGCUGCACCAACGUACUAUUCACAUCCGAGAACCGGCGGUUUAGAUGAGAUUGUGGUCCGCAGCUUCUUGCGCCAACUCGCCCGUGCCAUCAAGUUUCUCCGACAGCGUAAUCUCAUACAUAGAGAUAUCAAGCCACAGAACCUUCUCCUGAACCCUGCGGCGUCUGAUGAUUUGGCUCGUGGUCAUCCACUGGGCGUUCCAAUACUCAAGGUCGCAGAUUUUGGGUUUGCUCGAUCUCUUCCACAAGCUAUGAUGGCUGAGACGCUGUGCGGUUCACCACUAUACAUGGCGCCUGAGAUCUUGCGAUACGAGAAAUAUGACGCAAAAGCGGACCUUUGGUCCGUUGGCGCCGUGCUCUACGAGAUGGCGGUUGGCAAGCCUCCGUUUCGGGCUGCCAAUCAUAUUGAACUCAUUAAGAAGAUCGACAACUCGAAGGGGAUCAAAUUCCCUGAUGAGGAUCCACAAGCGGCAAGUCGCGCGGCCAGUAGCGGGGAAGAGAUCAAGGCUGUCCCAAUUGAUGUCAAGCAGCUCAUCCGAAUGUUGUUGAGGCGUAUCCCAGCCGAACGAUGUAGUUUCGAUGACUUUUUUGGUAGCACAGCGAUGGCAAAGUCAAAGUUUCCGAAGCCAACACCAGAACCAUCGCAAAGCUGGCCAGACGAAGAUGAGUAUACUCCAGACGGGCGGCCGGUUAUCCCAGAACACCAUCGUAUCAUUCCACCUGAGGUGCUAGAUCCAAAAGCCAUGAUUCCUCCUAGUAAGUUCAACUUCAGGAAACGGGAAAUCGUCGGCGCAGACGCUUCUCCUGGACCGAGCUUAGGGAAGAAUGGCACGGGUAUCGUGGAGAUCUCAAGAUCGCCCACGGCGUCUCCCUACCAGGGUACGUCCCCAUUGCCCAAGCCGCCAUCUGAAGAGGUGUCUGUCAUCCCUGGCGAGACCGAGGAGGACGGUCUACUUCGGAGAGAGUAUGUACUUGUCGGCGACAGGAGAGCGGUAGAGAUUACUAAAGCUGUAGAAGAGAUUAGCACUGCUCGUAGGCGACCGCUGCGAGAUAGACGCAUGCAACUGCCAUCGCCUCUUAUGGAUGAACCCAUGCGUCAUAAUUUUCCAGGAUUUGACAGCUCCUCGCCUACCAACGCCAAUACGACUUUCCCCCCUCCACCAAAUCCUAACGCGCCUACGUUGUCAUCGUCUCCAUCUAGUGCUGGUUCACGCACAGCGGCCAAUGCACUAACAAGAGCCCUCAGUCUCGCAUCAAAGAAGCUGUUCGGCUCGUCAAUGCGCUCGUCGCCACACUACCGCGAAUAUACUCCAUCGUCUUCAUCUCCGAGACGACAAACGAUAUUGUCCGGGAGAUCGCAAGGUCUUGGAUUACAAACGAACAGCGAGCGUGACCCCAUGGAGGACGACCUUCUCGCGGAGCUGGAGGAGCUGGCACAAAAGACAGAAGUUUUAACGCGCUGGGCGGAUGAGAUGUAUGAAUACGUUAAGGCCGUUCCUCAGAAACCCCUCCCAGAUCCAACGAAGUUUGCGAGAAAGGAAGGCGAGGCCGAGCGGCACGCGGUCAAGAGGAAGAACGCCGAUAUACAAGCGGAAUACAACGCGAUGACAUGUGUCGCGUUGUACAUGCUCCUGAUGUCGUUCUCGCAGAAUGGUGUUGGCAAGCUUGUCAAUUACUAUGAACACUUGCAAAUGCGCGAUCCUGACGGCGAGUGCGAAGUCAGUGAAGGGUUUGAUGAAGCUUUGGGCUGGUUCGAGGACCACUUUAAUAAGUGCCAUGAUCGUGCCGCGCUAGUGAAGACUUGGCUUCCAGCUCAAUACACUGGACCCCCAACCUUUCUUGACCAAUUGGUCUAUGACCGCGCCUUGAUGCUUAGUCGUACUGCCGCGCGCAAAGAGCUUUUCGAUCAAGCUACCUCGCCAGAUGAGUGCGAGAAGCUGUAUGAAGAGUCUUUGUGGUGCCUGUAUGCAUUACAGGACGAUCUUCUUCAGAAGGACAAUCCCUUUAUGGAUGAAGACCGGACAACAAUAUCCACUUGUGCGUAUCGCGCAGAAAAUAUAGCCUUUUGGAUUAAGCGCACAAAGCUCCGUCUCGUUAGAUGUCGUGUGCGUAUGGGCAUGAAUGACCGCGAUCGUAUCAAGGACGCACGCUUGGAUAAGAAUCUCGACGAUGUGCAGCGCGAUCCACCUCCAUGGGAGGUGCCAAUUUUGGAGCCACCGAGACCUGCCGGCGACUCUCGGCGGACGUCGAUCUCGCCGGCUGUAUGA